GGCUCGAGCAGCGGCGCGGGCCGAGGGGGCAGCGCGGACGCGGGGCCGGGCGGGGGCGCGCAGGGCCGACCCCCGAGUCCAUGCCCGGCGCGGAGCCCGCGACCCCGCCGCCCUCCCUGUCGGGUCGCCCCGGGCUGCGCGCUCGCAAAAUAUGACCAGGGGUGCUUGGAUGUGCCGGCACGAUGACGACGGCCUGAAGCUCUGCCUGGCGGCACCCCGGGAGAACGAGAAACCGUUCAUCGACUCGGAGCGGGCGCAGAAAUGGCGACUGUCGCUGGCCUCGCUCCUGUUUUUCACCGUCCUGCUGUCUGAUCACUUGUGGUUCUGCGCCGAGGCCAAGCCGAGCCGCGCGCGGGACAAGGAGCAGCAGCACCAGCACCAGCGGCAGCAGCAGCAGCAGCAGCGGCAGCAGCAGCAGCAGCGCCCGCGGCAGCAGCAGCAGCAGCAGCAGCAUCAGCAGCAGGCGCAGCAGCGGCCGCGGCAGCCCGAGCCGUCGUGGCCCGCGCUCCCGGCCGGCAUGGGCGCCCCCGCGCCCCGGCCGCUGGCCGCCCCCGCGUCCCCCACGCUGCCCCCGUCGCGCGGCGCGGGCAACCAGAGCCAGGCGCUGCUCGCGGGCCCCGUGGGCCGGCCGCUGUGGCGCCUGGAGACGUGCUACCCGCCGGGCGCGUCGUCGGGCCAGUGCUUCACCGUGGAGAGCGCCGAGGCCGUGUGCGCCCGGAACUGGAGUCGGGGGGUGGCCCCGGCCGGCGCGCGCUGGAACUUGUCGGAUUUCUACCUUUCCUUUUGUAAUUCCUACACACUCUGGGAGUUGUUCUCGGGGCUGGCCAGCCCCAGCACGUUGAACUGCAGUCUGGAUGUGGUGCUCAAGGAGGGCGGCGAGAGGACCACCUGCCGCCAGUGCGUCGAGGCCUACCAAAACUACGACCACCACGCUCAGGAGAAGUACGAAGAGUUCGAGAGCGUGCUGCACAAGUACUUACAGUCGGAGGAGUACUCGGUGAAAUCCUGCCCUGAGGACUGCAAGGUCGUGUACAAAGCCUGGCUGUGCUCGCAGUACUUUGAAGUCGCGCAGUUCAACUGCAGGAAGACAAUCCCGUGCAAGCAAUACUGUCUGGAGGUUCAGACGCGCUGUCCGUUCAUACUGCCUGACAACGACGAAGUCAUCUACGGGGGCCUCUCCAGCUUCCUCUGCACAGGGCUCUAUGAGACCUUCCUGACCAAUGACGGACCAGAAUGCUGUGACAUCCGGAGGGAAGCAGCGCGCAGCGGCGCGCCCGCGCGGGGACCCGCCACCCAGCUCAGCGCCUCGUGCCACAGGACCUCGCUCCCGGCCUCGGCGGCCCCCAGACUGUGCCCCAGCAGACUCAGACUGUGCGUCCUCGUGCUGAUGCUCCUGCACACAGUGCUCACCGCCUCGGCCGCCCAGAACACCACGCAGCUGAGCCUGGGCGGCAUCGGCGCGCUGGAGGAGCGCUCGGGUCACGAGGACUGAGCACCCCGCGCGGACACGGACGCGCAUUGGCGGGGGGCUGGGGGCCGGAGCACUUCGCGCCCCGCCCCGGGUGCUCACUGAGCACUUGUCGCCCCGCCCGGAGGGAGACUCGUGGGAAGGCGGCCUGGAUGCCAAAAGCGAGGACGCAAGCAGCUUUGGAUGGCCUCGGAGGCUGUCCAGUGACUCCUUUCUCACCAUUUUAUACACUGUGUUUUACUGUCGGAGGUUUUCUUUGCGCCCCCUCCCCACCCCUCGGUUUGGGUUUCUCUGUCUCUUGCCGCACCUGUGGAUGCAGCAUCCCUUGGAAGAUGGUUUCCCACCUGUGGAUGCAGUGCUCCUCGGGAAAACUGGACGCAGCAUCCCUGGGGGAGGGACGGUCCCCACCUAUGGGCGCAGCGUCCCUGCGGGCCGUCCCCACCUGUGGAUGCGGUACUCCUUGGGAACACUGGACGCAGCAUCCCUUGCGGGGUGGGCCCCACCUGUGGGGGCGGCAUCCCUUGGGGGACGGUUUCCCAGAGGGCCAGUGCGUCCCUUCACUGUCUCUUAGGCACCCCCUGCUCCCUAGUCGCUGUGUGUGUCCAUCUGGUAGUUCUGUCUUCAUGUCCUGUCACUUGCUAAUAGAGGAAUGACUGCUAUGACCUCGUGGUAUAGCAAAAAACAACAACAACAACAAAAAAAUCACAAAAACAUUUAAAAAGACAAAAAAAAGAAAACAAGAAAAAAAAUGAAAAAAAAAAUUCCCUCCCGCUCCCGCUCCCCCUCCCGCGCCCCUUCUGCCAAGCCGGCCCGAGCCCUGCCUCCCCGCCCCCCCCCACCGGGACCCCCAGCCGGCGACCCCCAGCUCGCUGCCCUCUGGGGGACACGGGGGCGCGGGACAGGGGGUGGGGGGCCCCUCUGCGCCGUCCUGCGAAAGUGGCCUUAGGCCGGGAACGCAGUUUUUUUAUGUUGGAAACAAAAUCAAAGGCGAGGAGGACUCCUGAGCCGGGUCCCCAAGGCCCAGCCGCUCCGGGGGGCGCAGAGGGUCGCCCGCCACUGCAGACUGUCCCCUUCCGCCCCGGCCGGAGGGGCCGGUGGCCGUGCUCAGGCACCUGCAUCUACAGAAUAUAUACGAUUUUAUCCCAGUAUCUCCCCAACAUAGGGUCCUAAAGGGUUCCAGGCAUAGAGCAUCUGCAAAUUCCUGAGUUAUCACAAAGGAGGGAUUCCUUUUUCUUUUCUUUUUCUUUCUUUUUUUUUUUUUUUUAAAGUAAGUAGGUUAGCCAUUUCCAUUAAAGUGCAAACACUUUAUCACUAACGUGCUCUAGGUAGUUGAGGAAGAGAGAGACACGGGCUGCAUUGUUUGUGAUUUUUUUUUUCCCUCUUUUGCGGGAACAUUUCACCCGCUGAGUGUCUAUGAAUUUGCUUUCUAAAAAAACAAAAACAAAAAAAACCUAAAAAGGCUUUUAUGAGUUUACAGUAGAAUCAGUGGAAGGAAGAGUUAAUAAGGGCUGUUUUUAAAACAAACAAAACAAAACAAAUAAUUAAAAAAAAAAACACUUUACAUUCCUUCCUGUUCUCUGACUAAGCUUGGGAAGUGCACUUCAGAUUUCUUCGUGGUGUAGCUGGGAGACGAAGGAAAUUAUAGGGAAGGUCCUCUUAGCGAACAAAAUUUAGUUAUCGACUUUAUAGCUAUGAAAUUCCCCCAGGCAUUUGUUUCUGUUCAAACAAACUUUAAUCUCUGCAUCAUACUUAAUCCUGCAACAUGCCGUACAGUAUGCAUAUUUUGUUUUAAAUAAACAAAUGUUUUGUUCCAGUCUGUUAAGAAUAUUCAAAAAUAAUAAAGGUAUUGCUUAAUAAAAUU